AUGCUGCUGCUGCGUCUCCUGCUGCUGCUGUCCGCAGCAGCUGCUGCUGCGCCCCCAGCAGCAGCAGCAGCAGCUCUAGCAGCAGCAGCAGCAGCAGCAGCAGAAACGGGGCUCCACCCCGCAGCAGAACCCACUGCAGCCCCACAAACUGACCUCACUUACCCGGGGGCCCCCGGGGGGCCCCCCGGCUUCUGGUCUUUGUCCCAAGACUCUGUGCAUGCAGAGGGGGGCCCCCUGGAGGCCCUGGGGGGCCCCUACGUGUACCCUCCACCCGCUGCUGCUGCUGCAGCAGCAGAAGUCCCGCCUUUUGCUGCAGCAGAGGGGGCCCCCGGGGGCCCCAUGAUGGUGCACUUGGGGGGCCCCCUGGGCACCUCCCUGCGGCGCCCCUUGGGGGGCCCCCAGGGGGGCCCCCAGGGGGGCCCCCCUGAGUCUUCUUCUAAUGGGCUUUCCCCCUCUGCUGCAGCAAAAAGGGGGCCCCUGGAGUCCCCAGUGGGGGGCCCCCAGGGGGGCCCCCCGCAGCAAACAGAAGAAGAAGAAAGAGACCCUCGAGAGCUUUUAAAUGUACUAUUUUUGUCUCCAGAUUCUCUGGAAGUGAAGGAGGUGCAGCAGCAGCAGCAGCAGCAGCAGCAGCGGCAGCAGCGGCAGCAGCGGAGAGCAGCAGCAGUCAAGCUGCUGCUGCUGCUGCUGCUGCUGGCUCUUGCUGCUGCUGCGCUGCAGCGCCUCCGCAAAGGCUUCGCCUUCAGCCCCGCAGCUCUGCAGAGAUUCUUCGCAGAAGCUGCAGCAGCAAAAUAUAAAUCAGCAGCAGCAGCAGCAGCAGCAGCAGCAGCAGCAGCAGAAGCAGAAACAAAAGACCGAGCAGCAGCACUGGAUGCGGACAUGGACUCCGGCUUUGAAGACGAGAGCUGA